AUGACCUGCUACGCUAGAAGGUUACCAGGGGAGGUGCUCGUUGUUGCGCCGCUCGUAACUGCGUCAGUACUCCUGCUUCUGAUCGGCGCGUCUGGCGCUUUCGCGUCCGUGCAUCCCGCGGGUCAGGAAUCGAGCGAAGGAGGCGAUCCAGCUGUUCAUCGUAGAUCUCUGGCCGCUGCUACUCUGGGGGCACCGUGCCGCUAUGGCGGCAACAUCAUGCCCAUCGAAUGCAGCCCGGGCCUCAAAUGCCAGCCUGGCAGCUCCACUGCUGUCGCCUCUGAGCCUGCUUCCGGGCCUAACCCGAACCAGCUCGGCAGGCCCGGGAGCUCUGGUGCUGGACCGCGGGGUCUGACUCACAACCCAGACUUCGCAACCACGGGCACGUGCGUUCCUGACGACUCGUCCACGUCAUCCCCAUCCACAUCCACGUCAUCUUCAUCCAACGCCACGUCACCACUCUCCCAAAAUCCAUCAACCCCCGUCCCUCCCUCCUCUAGCUCUACCUCUACGCCUCGCCUUGGCCCGGGGCCCCUAGAAAAACCCACCACGUGUGAGUACAUGUGUGCUCGCGGGCAGUACCAUGGGGAAAUGCCGUGCCCGAGGGGGUACACCUGCGUGCUUGCUCUAGAGGGAGGUCUGCACUUAUCGCCAGAGGCUCUACAAGCUUUGGCAGAUGCCUCCGCUGAAGUUCCUGCUACUACUGACGGCAGUAACAGCAACGACAGCACCAUCAGCACUGCUAUAUCGCCCUUAGGCGUUGUUAGCAACAGCAGCAAUGCAGAAUUCAUCAAGUCAGCAGGCGCUGUCAUACCCUACGAAGGGAUCUGCGCCCCGAGCCAGUGGUUCGGCCCGAACGCCUCGCCGAAGAUACUCUCGGCACCGUCCUCCUCAGUUUCCACCAAGACUGCCUUGGGAGGCUCGGCAUCAUUGCCUGCUGCCGAACCUGUGGCCGGGGAGGCUGGGAGCAACUGCUCGUUUGGCGGGGAUAGUGCUGCUGUCCUGUGCAAUCAGGGGUUCUCUUGUCUGGUGGAGGCUGAGAAACGUACAGUGCAUCACCCGCAGGUGUUCGGUGUGUGUGUGAGUGCAGAGCUCUGUGAUCCAUACCUAGAGGAGAAGAUUGAGGAUGCAGCUGGGACCGGCAGCUCAGGGAAGUCUGCAAGUGCUCGGACGAGGCUGCCAGGCCUGGGAGGAUCUAGGCUCGGGAUUGCUGGACUCCUUUUCGCAUCCCUCUUUUUCCUGUAA